UAGUUUCCAACAACAACAGGUGAGUGAUCGGUCAGAAAUUGUUUGACAGCCAGAGUUUCUUUCCUGCAGGUGUGAAGUGGCAGAGAAAAGAAACAUUUCUCAAUAUAACAGUGUGUAAUACCAGUGUGUAUUACCAGUGUGUAUUUUGUUGGUUUCUGUGUGUGUUGGUUCAGCCUGAGGUCUGGAACUGGACCAGGUCCAGCUGGUUCUCCUCAGACUGACCUCCUGGUCCAUCCACUCUGACUUACACUUGUCUUCCCUCCUCUCCUCCCAGCUUCCCUUGAAUCCUCCCUCCCUCCUCACCUGCUGACCAACUCUCAUCCUCUCUCUCUCUCUGUCUCUCUGUCGCUCUCUGUCUCUCUCUGUCUCUCUUGACUCUUUGAUCCCAGCAGUAUGUCUACUCCCGUCUCCCCUUCACCUUCUCUCUCUCCACUCACCCUUUCUUCCCCUACAUCAGCCAACUCCACCAGUGCCUCCCCUUUGCCCUCGCCCCUCUCCCCUCCACCCAGGGUUCCUGUGUUCCAGAGGAGGGGAGCUCUGAAACACAAGAGGAUUGUUGAGGUGAAGGACCACCAGUUCAUGGCCCGCUUCUUCAAACAGCCCACCUUCUGCAGCCACUGCACCGACUUCAUCUGGGGUCUCGGCAAACAGGGCUUCCAGUGUCAAGUUUGCAGUUUUGUGGUCCACAGGCGAUGUCAUGAGUUUGUGACCUUCACUUGUCCCGGCUCAGUGACGGCCCCCCGACCUGAGGACCUGAAAAGUCGACACAACUUCAGGGUCCACACCUACUCCAGCCCCACCUUCUGUGACCACUGUGGUUCUCUGCUCUACGGACUCAUCCACCAGGGCAUGAAAUGUUCCAGUUGUGACCUGAACGUCCAUCGACGCUGUGAGACCAGUGUACCCAGUCUCUGUGGUCAGGACCAUACGGAGAAGAGAGGCAGGGUCCACCUGAGUGUCCGAGGGGAGGCGGAGGAACUCUUUGUCACAGGUGGAGGAACACGCUGCAGUGACACGGUCAAGCGGAGAAGGUUCUGUUCUUUCUCUGCUUCCUACGACUCUCUGUUCUCCACAGUCAGGGAGGCCCGGAACCUGAUGCCCAUGGAUCCAAACGGUCUGUCCGACCCCUAUGUCAAACUAAAACUGAUUCCAGAUCCAAAGAGUCACAGCAAACAGAAGACCAAGACCAUUCGCUCCACCCUCAAUCCUGUCUGGAACGAGACUUUCACUUUCUCAGUGCGGGGUCAUCAGUGGGACAGAAGACUCUCUGUGGAGGUCUGGGACUGGGACCGUACGUCCAGGAACGAUUUCAUGGGUGCUCUGUCGUUUGGAGUGAGUGAGAUCUUCAGGCGUCCAAUCAGUGGCUGGUUUAAACUCCUGGCUCAAGACGAGGGAGAGUACUACAACAUCCCAGUACCAGACCCAGACCUGCAGGAGCCCCAGUCUGAGGCUACAACACCUUCUCUGCCCCAAGUCAAGCCCCCGCCCCCGUCUGAACCCUUUCCUCCAGUCCUGUCCCCAGGUCCGCUCCUGUCCUGUGGAACCGUUUCCUCCACAGGCCCCAGCAAAGUCAAAGUGGGAAUCCAUGACUUCAACUUCCUCAUGGUCCUGGGGAAGGGCAGCUUUGGCAAGGUGCUGCUGGCGGAGGAGCGCGGCAGCGAACGUCUGUUUGCAGUCAAGGUCCUGAAGAAAGACGUUCUCUUCCAGGAUGAAGACACUGAGAGUGCUCUGGUGGAGAGGAGGGUCCUGGCCCUGUCCUCCCGCCCCCACUUCCUCACAGCACUGUACUGUGCCUUCCAGACUGAGGACCGUCUUUAUUAUGUGAUGGAGUAUGUGAACGGAGGAGACCUGAUGUUCCACAUCCAGAUCGUUGGGAAGUUCAAAGAACCUCACGCAGCGUUCUAUGCAGCAGAGGUGGCAGUGGGGCUUUUCUUCCUCCACAGGCAGGGCAUUAUCUACAGGGACCUGAAGCUGGACAACGUCCUGCUGGACGGACAAGGACACAUCAAGAUAGCUGACUUUGGCAUGUGCAGGGAGGGGAUGUUUGAGGGGGACACCACACGUACCUUCUGUGGUACCCCCGACUACAUCGCCCCUGAGAUCGUGGCCUAUCAGCCCUACAACAAGGCCGUGGACUGGUGGUCUUAUGGGGUCCUGCUGUAUGAGAUGCUGGCUGGACAGCCACCGUUUGAUGGUCUGGAUGAAGAGGAACUGUUCCAGUCCAUCCUGGAGCAGAGCGUCUCAUAUCCUAAAAGUCUCUCUAGAGACGCUGUUUCCAUCUGCAAGGGACUUCUGACAAAGAACCCUGCGAAGCGCCUGGGUGGAGGCGAGGAGGCGGAGCGAGACAUCAAGGAGCACCAGUUCUUCCGCUGGAUGGACUGGGAGAGGCUGGAGAGACUGGAGCUGCCGCCGCCCUUCAGGCCAACAACUGGUGGAAGAAAAGGAGAAAACUUUGACAAGUUCUUCACAGCCGCUCCCCCAGCCCUCACCCCCUCUGACCCUGAUGUUCUGGCAGCCAUCAACCAGGAGGACUUCCAGGGCUUCUCCUUCAUCAACGCUGACUUUGCCCCAUCACCAUUGACAGCUGUUUGAAGAGGUGGGGGCUGCUGCCCCAACAACUGCCCCGUCAACGUCUGUCGUUUCAGCAGAAAAUUCAAAAUCUUUGAUGAAAAUCUUUUUUUGGAUCUUGACUCCCUCUCUCUCUCUGCCCCCCCCCCCCUUCACUUCAUCCUUGACAUUUCUUCCACAUAUAUAGUAUGAUGCCUACACAUAUACUGUAUAUAUUUAUAUUUGUGUUCAUGCUCUGUGGUUGGAGCGACUCAUUCUCUCCAGUUUUGGUGGAAUGUUCCAGAGAGUCGUACAUUAACAGGUUAUUGAACACUUAUUAUUCUCUUGUAUGUUGGUGGUACUGCAGGUACUUUUGAUUGUGGUACAUGAGUACCACUAACCAGGUGAAGGUACUCUGGGUUCUUGGUACUACUGUACUCACAGCAGGAAGUGAAACCACUCUUUUCUUAAAUUACUGUAGAGUUGUACUUCAUCAUUAACACAGGAAUACUUGAUAGCAACUGUGAAAGUGUGUAUUUUUUGCAUAGCGUAGGUGUAGCCUAAAGUACUGACAGUUAUAAGAUACUUCUGUGUAUAGUCUUGUGUCUAGUGUUGUGUUCUGGUUAAUUCAACAUGAGGCUCACUGUUUAAUGUAUGGACGAACAGUGACACCUGUGGCCAAACCCUGUCUCAGCAGAACAAGUGACUAAAUAAAUAUUUAGGUUUAUGAUAAACUGCUCUUCACUCACUGACCAGCAGGUGAUGUUUUAUUGGUCGUUUUGGUCUAACCCUUCCUCCCGUGUCAACAAAAGCAUUUUUCCGUCACUGACUUCCUGUCGGCCUGUGAGGAAGGAAGUCUGUCCUACAAAAUAAAACACCUCAAGUCAAGAUAGUGACUGUAGGUUGAACCAGUGGUUCUCAAUCAGUGGGCUGUGUAGCCCUGGUGGUACGUUGGUACAGUUUGUAGGGUCAUUCGAUUCCCAUCAGGUUCAGGCUGAGUUGAACCAAAGUUGCAGACACUGUCCACUGACACGGUCCAGUUGCAGUACUAGUACUUCAUUAAGGUCAAAGAAUACUUCAUAUAUUUCAUACAAAUGAUCUCCACGUUUUUUUUUUUACCCAUGAACCUUCAGUUAAAACAGAGCAGUAACUGAGCUCUGGAGCCUGUGGGUGGUUCUCAAACUGUGGUACAUGUGCCACAGGUUGUACCUCCAGUGAAGUACAAUUAAAGUAUUUUUUGGAGUGCUACUUCAUUCUGCAGUGUGUCUGAACAUGGUCUAAUAAUAGUAUCAGGAACUGGUACCUGAGCACUGCUGGUACUCUGUGGUGGGACUUGGUGUAUGAACAGUGGACCAGUGGAAUAAUGAUGUUCUUUGUACUGAAAACAAUAACAUUGGAAUAAAAUCACUAGGAGAAAAUUCUGAACCCAGAUCAGUUUCAUUUUAUGAUUCUGCAGAGAAAACACACACACAGGACGCUGACCUCUAAUAACAGCAGUAACAGUAACAGCAGU